GUCAAAAUGAGCAACAAAAACACAACAGGAUUUAGGGCAACUUUUUGGGAUGUUGAUUCCGACUGAUCGCAGGCAGAGGAGCUACAUUAUGGACAGCUCCCAAGCGCCAAAAUCCAAGAGCAGCCGAGAUCAGGAUCGCAAGGAUCGUGACCAGGAAGGAAAGGCGCGUGACCAGGAACGCAAGUUGCGCGACGAGGAACGCAAAGAGCAAGCACAGGAACGUAAAAAUGAGCAAGAACGUGAUCGCAAACGGCAACAGGAACGACGAAAGGAAGUCGAACGGGAAAAGGAGCUAGAAAAGCAACGUCAGCUAGAAUGGAAACAGGAUCUGGAGAAGGAACGUGCCCGCGAGAAGGAAUUGGAGCGGGAUCAUUCAAGGCAUGACACAUCCACUACAGCAAAAAAACCAAACCCAGAAGUCACCAAGUUUGACGAAGAAUUCGAAAGGGACAUCGAGAAGUUGGAGCGCAAUAUAUGCCCUUUGGAUUUUCGCUCCAAAACAAUGGCCACCAUGUGGAUGGACAAGCUGCGCCAAACACCGCAAAAUGUAUCCGAAGCUAGAUCGAGGAAUAUAAUAACAGCCCAUCUAAUCAAAUGCUGUGGCGAAAACAUAUUCAAUAAGGAGCCCUUCAACCAUCCACCGCCACCCGAAAGUUUGUCCGCCAUAAGAGAGAAAAUGUACUUGACACGGGAUAGUACGUGCCAUGGAAUGCCUGUGGCCAAACAGCGGGAUCCAAAUUCCCAUUUAACUCAAUUGUUUAACGAUUGCCAUGAUGGCGGUGAAUUCCUAAGCCAGCUUCCAGUGCCACGUGAUGGGGCUUUCUUUAUCCUACACUUGCACCCAAAUUUAUAAGAGGUAUUGAUGGGCUUUGCAAAGCAAGCCAGCUAAAUUCCGAAUGAAAACUCAAUUUAAUCCCCUUUUUAUCGAUCCCUCUUUUUAAGAAAACGUUUGUAGUUUUUUGAGACAAAUAAAAUGAGCUCCUAUUUUGAAAUCUAUGAAUUUUCA